GCAGAGCGGCGCGGUGGCGGCGGCGGCGGCGUCGGCAGCAGGAAGUAGGCAGCAGGCAGGACCAUGGCAGCGGCGGUGGUGGUGGCCCGCGGGGCCGGAGCGAGGGCGGCGACAGCGGCGACUCUGCGGGGUGGCUGCGGGACCGCGGCUCGGGGGCGGCCGUGUGUGGGCCCCGCCCGGCCCUUGUGCGCCGCACCGGGGACCGCCCCGGACAUGAAGCGCUACCUGUGGGAGCGCUACCGGGAGGCGAAGAGAAGCACUGAAGAAUUGGUUCCUUCCAUUAUGAGCAACUUGUUGAAUCCAGAUGCCAUUUUCUCAAACAAUGAAAUGAGCCUGUCAGACAUUGAAAUCUAUGGCUUCGAUUAUGAUUACACCUUGGUGUUUUAUUCAAAGCACCUCCACACGCUGAUAUUUAAUGCUGCACGGGACCUUCUCAUCAAUGAACACCGGUAUCCAGCAGAAAUCAGGAAGUAUGAGUACGACCCAAAUUUUGCAAUUCGUGGACUUCAUUAUGAUGUGCAGCGGGCAGUAUUAAUGAAGAUCGAUGCUUUUCAUUAUAUCCAGCUGGGAACUGUCUACAGAGGCCUCAGUGUUGUCCCGGAUGAAGAAGUCAUUGAAAUGUACGAGGGGUCCCAUGUGCCUUUGGAGCAGAUGAGCGACUUUUAUGGAAAGAGCUCUCAUGGAAACACGAUGAAGCAGUUCAUGGACAUCUUCUCCCUGCCCGAGAUGACCCUCCUGUCCUGUGUGAAUGAAUACUUCCUUAAGAACAACAUCGACUAUGAGCCUGUGCAUCUGUACAAAGAUGUCAAGGAUUCAAUUCGAGACGUCCACAUCAAAGGAAUAAUGUACAGAGCAAUUGAAGCAGACAUUGAAAAGUACAUCUGCUAUGCUGAGCAGACCCGUGCAGUGUUGGCCAAACUGGCUGAUCAUGGCAAGAAGAUGUUUCUCAUCACCAAUAGCCCCAGUAGCUUUGUGGACAAAGGGAUGAGUUAUAUCGUUGGGAAAGACUGGAGGGACCUGUUUGAUGUGGUCAUUGUUCAGGCGGAGAAGCCAAACUUCUUUAAUGAUAAGCGGAGGCCUUUCCGAAAGAUGAAUGAGAAAGGUGUCUUACUUUGGGAUAAAAUCCAUAAGUUGCAGAAAGGCCAGAUUUACAAGCAGGGUAAUUUAUAUGAAUUUUUGAAGCUUACUGGAUGGAGAGGAUCCAGAGUGUUGUAUUUUGGUGACCAUAUAUACAGUGACCUGGCGGAUUUGACCCUAAAGCAUGGCUGGAGGACUGGUGCAAUUAUCCCAGAGUUGCGAUCUGAACUGAAAAUCAUGAACACGGAGCAAUACAUUCAAACCAUGACCUGGCUGCAGACCUUGACUGGGUUAUUGGAACAGAUGCAGGUUCACAGAGAUGCUGAGUCACAGCUGGUUUUGCAGGAGUGGAAAAAGGAAAGGAAGGAGAUGAGAGAAAUGACCAAGAGUUUCUUCAACGCCCAGUUUGGAAGCCUGUUCCGCACAGACCAGAACCCAACCUACUUCCUGAGGCGCCUGUCACGCUUCGCUGACAUCUACAUGGCGUCUCUGAGCUGCCUCCUGAACUAUGACGUCAGCCACACUUUCUACCCCCGGAGGACUCCACUGCAGCACGAACUGCCCGCCUGGUCAGAAAGGCCCCCCACCUUCAGAACCCCUCUCCUGCAGGAGGCCCAGGCCAAGUAGCCGAGGGCAAAAGCUAGAAACUGUAACUGCCCCUGAUUGGGCAGGCAUGAUGGGGUUGACGUCAUGUGGGUCUGAGUGUUGCUUUUGGAAAAGAUACAGAUAAGCCUUUUGAUAUUU